GAUCACCUCCCUGUAUUAGUGAAGGGGAUAAAUGAUAGAAACGUAAUAAUUGAUUUCGUGUGGCACCGCUACCACUACCAAUUUCAAUUAGAUAACCUAUAUAAAUCAGUUCGAAGGAAAAUCUGGCUUAGCUUUCUAUCUAUAUCCUUUGAGUUCGGAGCGUUAAACUUGAUUACAAUGGGAUUAUUCGCCAAUAAUAAUUCGGACUUGGAGAACAUUCUGAAACAUGAUUUCACAAGCACGUUCCGACCUGGUUAUAUAACUGUUGAAGGGGUGACAAUGCCGAAGAGGUUCGAAGAACUUCGAGAAGACAUUUACAAUUGGGACGUCAAGGAAGAGGAUGUGUGGAUUUGCAGUUUUCCUAAAACAGGUACUACUUGGACUCAGGAAAUGGUUUGGAUGAUAAUGCACAAUCUUGAUUUUGUUGGAGGAGAAGCCAAUUUGGGAGUUAGAUCACCAUUUCUGGAGGUGUCUGCUCUUUUCGAUUAUCGAGAAUUCAAAAAAGAAAAUAUCGAAUUCAAUCCACCUGCAUUCUUGGACAAUUCCCUCAAGUUUGUCAGAGAUCAAAGCAUGAAAGGGCCCAUAUGCUUGAAGACACAUCUGCCAUGGGUAUUGUUGCCGAAAGAAAUCCAGAAUCAGAUCAAACUACCAAAGAUUAUUUAUGUUACAAGAAAUCCGAAGGAUACAUGCAUAUCAUAUUACAAUCAUUCAAGACUAAUGGAAGGAUAUCGGGGAAACUUUGAGAACUUCUGCAGAUUAUUCAUCGCAGGCAAAUUGCCAUUUGCCCCCUAUUGGAACCACAUCCUACCAUUCUGGGAACGUCGAGACCAACCCAAUAUUCUCUUCUUGAAAUACGAAGAACUGAUCCAUGACCUGCCCUCCGUCAUACGAAACGUCGCAAAUUUCCUCGAUAGACCUUUGUCUUGUGAACAAGUAGAAGUUUUGAGCAGUCAUCUGAGUUUCGCUAGUAUGAAGAAUAAUCCAGCAGUGAAUUACGAAAUGGUCGUCGAUUUGAAUAGGAAGUUCAAUCUCAUAGAGUGCGAGGGUAGUUUCAUGAGAUCGGGAAAAGUUGGAGACUACAAAGCAAAAAUGGCACCAGAAAUCAUUGAGACAUUCAACGAGUGGACCGCGAAGAAUUUGAAUGGAUCGAGUUUGAAGUACUGA